AUUCACAGCGGCGCGCGAUUCGCACGCUGCGCACGACCACGCGUAUAAGUACGGUAGUGAAAGUCGCGCGCGCAGGUUCCGCUACGAUUUCGUACGCCGACAUCUUCGUCUAGUUAUUCUGUUUGUUCGUUGCGCCAGUGCAACGGCGAAAGGAGGUCGGUGCUUGUCCAAAGCCCGUAACACUGCCGUGAUUUGUGAUGCUGAAGUUUUAAAUCGAUCCCAUGUUCGUGUGACACUUUGAAAUAUUGUAAGUGAUUCAUAAGCGACAACAAAAUGAUUUCUUUUGUUGCAAUGUGUUCGAAAAUGAAGGAGCCGUAAUUGUCAUGUUGGCUCCAUAAAACUAGUCGAGAGUGACAUUUAACGAGCUAAAGUGUUGAAUAAAAUGAGUGUGGAACCGACAUUGACCGAGUCCCCGGUGCCGCUGGCUCUGUCGAGGCUGCAGACGCGGCCCGGCCGAGUGCCACGAGGUUUGCGCACGCACCGGCCCAGUCUGCAGCUAGCCAGCUUACAAGAGUCCGCUGAUGAGACUCCUAGGCGUUACAGUGGAGAACCAUUUGCUGCCGAUACGGACGAUGAUGAAGCGUUCACUGACGAUGUAGUUCCAGAAGUACCGUCUUUGUCAACCUCCAACGGACGCCGAGCUUCUGAAGCUACCUUUGCCGAACGUUACAGACAGUUGACGGAUUUUGAUGGUCCCCCGCCCGAAGCACCACGGCGUGCCUCCUUAGCGGUGCCUGUGGGUGCCGAAGGUUUUGGUCCCAAUGAUAAGGGUCGAAGACGCUCUUGGGCAGCGAGAUUACAGUUAGAACGCAAAAAACGAAGGAAGUCAGGGGGAAACGAUACAGACGAAGAGAGUGAUACCCCAAUAUAUGUCCGUCAGAAAAGACCCUCUUGGUGGAAUGUGUUCGUGCCUGAUAAUAUGCUGAAGAACAGGUCUAGGCGAGCUUCGCAGCAGCUGUCGAGGAGCGCAGAAAGCAUCGACCAGUCUUUCAAGAGGUCGAAAAGUCGCUCGGUUGACCAUGGCUUCUCGCCGCCAUUUGACUUGGAGGCUCUGCGCUCGAAGGUUGAAGGCAGAUUUGAUGCUGUACACAGAGAUGAAGACGAGCAAGCUAAGAGAUUACCGCCCCCUCCACCGAUAAAAACAAUGACUUAUACGGUUCGAGACCGUGACACCCUGACGUCGCUAGCGGCAAGGUUCGACACGACCCCCUCGGAGCUGACCAAGCUGAACAGGCUCGCCACCCAGUUCAUCUUCCCGGGACAGACGCUGCUGGUGCCCGACAAACGGAAAGAUGGCGAUAAAGACUCGGAUGGCCCGUCAGAGAGCGGCGAUAACACAUCUGAGUCAACACAGGGCCCACCGAGCGAGCCCGCACAAGAAAAAGAGAUCUUGGAUAGCCUGCGGCCGGGCUCCCCCGAGGCGCCCGCCAGCAGCUGCGCGCCACAGCGAUUCCUCAAGAUCAACGUCAGGCACAUCACUGAUGGACAGGGCGUGGUCUCCGGGGUGCUCCUGGUGACGCCGAACGCGGUGAUGUUCGACCCGAACGUGUCGGACACGCUGGUGAUGGAGCACGGGCCGGAGUCGUACGGCGUCAUCGCGCCCAUGGAGUACGUCGUCAACGCCGCCAUCUUCUACGACAUCGCGCACAUGCGCACACACGGACCCGACCAUAACACGCACAAAGCCGAGCAGGCUGAGAUCUACUACAUGAAUAAGUCGGAACUCUCUCCCGGAAAGGACUCGCUUCUAGUCAAAGAUGAAACAUUCCCCGAGCUGCAGGCGGCUACGGGCGAGGGCGCGGAGGGCGAGUCUGCCGCUGAGCCGCGUCCUGACGAAGCUGAGGACCGCGGCGGCGCCGCUUUCCCCAAGGCCUUCGACCGCGAGCUCGUCACUCCUACUGCUCUGCAGCAGCAAUCUACCGAAGACAGACGAAAGUCGCUACUGGACCAACAUUGGGCUAUACCGAGUAAGGACAGAAUGUCCAUCGAUCAAGGAAGCGAGGUAUCUUCGAGCGCGGACGCAUGCAAGGAUGAGAGCGUUGGCGGUGAGCCGGACGCCGCGGCCGCCGCCGACGGGUCGGAGGGCGGUGACGCGGCUGACGAUGACGCUCAGCAUCUCGUCAAGCUCUCCUACCACGACUCCGGCAUAGACAUCCGCGACCCACUGCUGCAUGUCACUCCUGCUAACUCCAAGAAAGUAUACAGCGACGCAGACAUCGUGCUGUCAGCGGAGUGGGUGCCGCCCGUGUGCCUGGCGCGCGGCGAGCCGCCUCUCUCCGCGCCGCCGCACAGCGACGCCGAGCGCGCCCGCAAGCCCGCCGCCGUGUCCUUCUCCCGCGACGCCGCGCCCGCCGCCAAGGAUGAUGCUAAGCCUGAUAAGAAGAAUAAGAUGCUGAAGCGUCUCUCAUACCCGCUGUCAUGGGUGGAAGGCCUGACCGGCGAGGCCGCACAGGGCUCGCACAGCGAGUCCCUCCCCGCCUCCGCUGACAGCCACAACACCAGCGUCUUCUCCAAGGUCUUCAACAGACGCAGUUCACUGGGCGGUUUCGGGCGCUCUCACACCAAGUCGACGUCCAGCAGCGGCAGCGCCCCGCCCCCGCGCCUCGACUACCGCAGCAUGGUGUCCGUCGAUGACAUGCCUGAUCUCUUCGCCUCUUUUGAUAAGCUAAUUCCCCGGCCGGCGCGACCCAGUGAUGACCCGCCGCUGUACCUUCGCUUGCGCAUGGGCAAGCCCAUCGGCCGGCCGCUGCCGCGCACCACGCCGCUCAUGUCUUACGGCCGCAAGCGCAUGAAGCCAGAAUAUUGGUUCGGAGUACCUAGGAACAGGGUGGACGACCUGUUUAAGUUCCUGACGCACUGGGUGCCGGACCGGUACGGGCCGCUGGGCGACGUGAGCGCGCACGGCUACGAACUCAUCGACAGCGACACCGAGUGGGAUGACGAUGAUGCUAAACCUGGACAGAAGGACGAGCGGACCGGCAGCACGGGCGAUGUGUCCGACCUGACCCGCGAGUCCUGGGAGCUGCUGAAGGCGCCGUACGUGAAAAUAUAUUCGAUAAUGAAGAGCCAGGCCGAGGCGCUGGGCGACUCGCUCGGCGAGGAGCCGCGCCAGGAGGUGCUGUCGAUGAGCGAUGAGCUGCGCCGGGCUCUGUACUCGUCGGGCGCCUCCAUCGACAUGGAGUUCUCGCCGCCCGACCUCAUCGGCACCUCCGAGGUAUUCACCAUGGAGCACAGAGAGAAGCUGUGUUCGGUGCUGCCGGCGCGCGCGCAGGGCUACAUGUGGUCGCUGGCGUUCAGCACUAGCCAGCACGGCUUCUCGCUGGCCUCCAUGUACCGCAAGAUGCAGCGCGUCGACAGCCCCGUGCUGCUCGUCAUACAGGACACUGACAACAAUGUAUUCGGCGCUCUGACAUCGUGCGCGCUGCACCCGUCGGAGCACUUCUACGGCACGGGCGAGUCGCUGCUGUUCUCGUUCCAGUGCAGCGGCGAGGAGGCGCGCCGCCAGUCGCAGGCCAACAUCGACGCGCCCAAAGAUCACGACAAGGACGACAACAAGGAACAAAAAGAUGAACCACCAGCACCGGUGAAAACCAAAUUCAAGUACUGGGGCUGGACCGGAGACAACAUGUAUUUCAUUCGCGGCAGCAACGAUAACAUAUCCAUCGGCGCCGGAGACGGCAAGUUCGGGCUGUGGCUGGACGGCGACCUGUACCUGGGCCGCACGCAGCGCUGCAAGACGUACGGCAACGAGCCGCUGACCACGCGCGAGGACUUCAUCGUCAAGAUCAUGGAGUGCUGGACCUUCAUCUGAGCGCCGCCGCCGCCCGCCGGACUCGCCGCACGCGCCGCACACAGCGCUCCACUACUCUACUUUCAAAUCAAAAAUAAGCUUUAGAUUAUCUUAUGAAAUUUGCUACGAAGAUUUGACACUUUUACAAGUCAGUCUUUUCGACUUUAGUACCGAUGAGUCUGAAACGAUUUUGUACUCGCAUUGUGACUCGAAACGUAGCGGCGCGGAUCAACAUCGAUCGGCCGACAUGAAGACAAUAUUAUAAACGUCUACGCGCAUUUCUAGUCAAAUGUACUGAAACCUGACCAAUGUUUUCAUCCUCUCCGAAUUUAGAGGCGUGUUCGGAUACGAGUGCCGCCGCUCGCUCUGCUGAGCAAGUGCAUUAAUCCUAGUCAAUUGUCAUUUGUAUGUAAGUUGAGAGUUACGGAGACGGACCGAGCCGCGCAUACAGACGACAUUCCUGGUGUUGCGGCACCUCGGCGCUGCGGUCGCCCGCCCCGGCGCCACCGCUCGUAAGCCCGAACAGUCCGAUAAUUAUUAUGUGUCAAUUCAUACAAUUAAUAUUGUGCAUUGUUGUUAAGGAAAUUAAAGCAUAUUUGUAACUAUAAAAUCUGUAUGUUAUGUAGAAGUUUAUAUAUUAACAAAUCAAUCAUUACCUAUGUGUUUAGAGGCCGACUUAUUGGCGUGUCCAGUACCGAGCAAUGAAACACGCAUUAAUUUUAUGAAAGUGAUUCCGGUUCCUUGAUGACAUACGCUUGGAGACAGCUCGCUCUUAGUUGGCAGCGGCGCAAGCUGCACCGAUUCUUGCCAGUCGACGGAGCUUCGAGCCGCUCGUGUGAAGCCCGCGCAAGGGUCCCCGACACUGUCACUAUAAAUAUUCUAUUUAUUUAUAAUUUGUGUAGUAGAUUUUGUAUGUUAUGUUGUCGUGUGUCUGAUUGUAUUGAGUCAUAAUAUUAAGUUAGUGAGCAUAAUUAUGUUACACUUGUACUGUGAUUUGAUUAUUAUGGUUGCAUUUUUUCACUUAUUGGAGCGUUGUCACUUAUCACUGAUUUAAUAAUAUUAACAUCAUAAUAAUAUGCUGAUCGGCAGUUUAGUGAAUAUCUAACAUAUCUUCAUUCAUGUCACACAUUUAUAAGAGUGUCUAAGAUAGUCCACGGAAUACGAACACGCAAUCAACAUAGUUUACAAUAAACCAUAGAUUAUGUUCGUGAUGUGACGCUUCAGUACAGAGAUGAGUAGCCAAUAUAUGAAUAUUAUUAAUUAAAUAGUAAAAAAAUCUUAAAUAGUUAUCUUAGAAUGCUUGAUGAAUGUAAUCGUCAUUGUGCUUAGUAAUCGUUAGCAUGAUGUUACUCAGAUCUAUCUGGUCGUAUAACAUUAUUUAUUUGUCUUAUGUAAGCACGCGCGCUAGAGCCGCUGCGCUGCGCAGGCGCAUCGCUGAGCUAACUAUACUAUACCGCUAUGGCCAGUAUAAUGGCAUCGUCUUUUUUGUUUCAUAUGUACUGUAUAUACGACAUAUUCCUAUGUGAGAUUAGAAGAGAUAUAUAUUUUUGUGAAAGGCCACGCGAAAUAACUUUUGUGUAUAUCUAUGGUAGAAAGUACAAGUACCAAAAAGUAUCCCAGCUGUUAAAUGAAAUAUAGAAUAUAGCGCGUGCGUCUAUUCAUGCAGAAUAUUUUGACGUUGUUAUUGUUUGUGUACAUCAGGAAUGUAAUAGAUGAACUUAGGUUUUAAAAUUAUAUCGGCAUAAUUAUUGUUAUAAAUUUAUAAUCAUUAGACUUGUUGAGUAGCAGUGAGAAUUAAAAUAUUUAUUUAUUCUGUUAUGGUUUCCAAUCUUACGGUUGCUGUAGCUACAUUACUUUAUCGGUGAUGAUUUAUUAUGUAAUUCUAAGUUGUUAAAAUGUAAAUCAAGCCAUAAUAAUUGAGAAUAUAUUCUUUUGAGAAA